AUGGCGGGGCAGCCUGCGGCCCCGGCCACACCGCCGCCCAGCCGGGACCGAGCAGCGCCCAACGUGGUGGCGCGCAUCUCGCAGUGGGCCGACGACCACCUGCGCCUCGUCCGGAACAUCAGCACUGUAAUGGCCGUAGCUGGGGUAAUGUUACUUCUAAGAAGUGUUCGACUGACAUCAAAAUUCACACAUUCUUCAGAUAUUCCAGUAGAAUUUAUAAGAAAGAAUGUUAAACUACGAGGACGACUGCGCCGAAUAACUGAGAAUGGUUUAGAGAUUGAACAUAUUCCCAUUACUUUACCUGUUAUAUCUUCAUGGAGAAAAGAGCCGUGUGGUGUUUUGCUGGUUAAGUUGGCUGGAGUAGAACUUACUGAAACUGGGAAGGUGUGGUUACAGAAAGAGCUAAAACCUUCCCAAGUACUAUGGUUCCAACUUCUUGGAAAGGAGAAUUCAGCACUCUUUUGCUACCUUUUAGUGAAUAAGGGUCGAUUUUUUAGUGUGAGUCUGAAUGAAGAAAUCCUGAGAAGAGGUCUUGGCAAAACUGUUCUUGUUAAGGGGUUAAGUCAUGAUUCUAAAAUCUAUUGGAGAAUUCACAGAAAUUUACUUAAAGCUGAAUUAACAGCCUUAAAAAAAGGAGAAGGAAUAUGGAAGGAAGACUCUGAAAAAGAAAGUUAUUUGGAAAAAUUGAAAGGCUCCUGGAGAGAAAUAUGGAAAAAAGACAGUUAUUUAAAAAAAAAUGGAUCAGAUUUCAACUUGAAAAAAGAAAGUUAUUAUGACAAAUUUAAAAGGUCUUAUGAAACAUGGAAAGAGAACAUGAAUAACUACUCCUUAAUGCUGAAGUUCAGAGAACUUAUGAGUCGCAUACACUUUCGUAGAAAAGAGUGA